ACCAAGGACUGCACCACUCAAAAUCCUUCUGGAAAAAUGCCAUUCUCUGUCUAUCUCACAGAACAUCCCCAUGGAGCUGGAUAAAGUGGGUUGGAGGAGAUCCAAGAAGCUUUGCACAGAUAACUUGGACCAGGGCUCCAAGACACUAGAAACCUGCAAGAACAUUGGUGGAUACUUGAAACCUCAGGGACCAGGAACUGAGCAUAUUAAUGAGCUGAUCACUGGAGAUUCCAUCGUUAGUGCUGAGGCAGUAUGGGAUCACGUCACCAUGGCCAACCGGGAGUUGGCAUUUAAGGCUGGCGACGUCAUCAAAGUCUUGGAUGCUUCCAACAAGGAUUGGUGGUGGGGCCAGAUCGACGAUGAGGAGGGAUGGUUUCCUGCCAGCUUUGUGAGGCUAUGGGUGAACCAGGAGGAUGGGGUAGAGGAAGGGCCCAGUGACGUUCAGAAUGGGCACCUGGACCCCAACUCAGACUGCCUCUGUCUGGGCCGGCCACUCCAAAACCGGGACCAGAUGCGGGCCAACGUCAUCAAUGAGAUCAUGAGCACCGAGCGUCAUUACAUCAAGCACCUAAAGGACAUUUGUGAGGGCUACCUGAAGCAAUGCCGGAAGAGAAGGGACAUGUUCAGUGAUGAGCAACUGAAGGUGAUCUUUGGGAACAUUGAAGACAUCUACAGGUUUCAGAUGGGCUUUGUAAGAGACCUGGAGAAACAGUACAACAAUGAUGACCCCCAUCUCAGCGAGAUAGGACCCUGCUUCCUGGAGCACCAAGAUGGAUUCUGGAUAUACUCUGAGUACUGUAACAAUCACCUGGACGCCUGUAUGGAGCUCUCCAAACUGAUGAAGGACAGCCGCUACCAACACUUUUUUGAGGCCUGUCGCCUCUUGCAGCAAAUGAUCGACAUUGCUAUUGAUGGUUUCCUUUUGACGCCAGUACAGAAGAUCUGCAAGUAUCCCUUACAGUUGGCCGAGCUCCUCAAGUAUACCGCCCAGGACCAUAGUGACUACAGGUAUGUGGCAGCUGCUCUGGCUGUCAUGAGAAAUGUGACUCAGCAGAUCAAUGAACGCAAGCGUCGCUUGGAGAAUAUUGACAAGAUUGCACAGUGGCAGGCCUCUGUUCUAGACUGGGAGGGCGAGGACAUCCUAGACAGGAGCUCGGAGCUGAUCUACACUGGGGAGAUGGCCUGGAUCUACCAGCCCUAUGGCCGCAACCAGCAGCGAGUCUUCUUCCUGUUUGACCACCAGAUGGUCCUCUGUAAGAAGGACCUGAUCCGGAGAGACAUUCUGUACUACAAAGGCCGCAUUGAUAUGGAUAAAUAUGAGGUAGUGGACAUUGAAGAUGGCAGAGAUGAUGACUUUAAUGUAAGCAUGAAAAAUGCCUUCAAGCUUCACAACAAGGAGACUGAGGAGAUACAUCUAUUCUUUGCCAAGAAAUUGGAGGAGAAGAUACGCUGGCUCAGAGCUUUCAGAGAAGAGAGGAAAAUGGUACAGGAAGAUGAAAAAAUUGGGUUUGAGAUUUCUGAAAACCAGAAGAGGCAGGCUGCAAUGACUGUGAGAAAAGUCUCUAAACAAAAAGGUGUCAACUCUGCCCGCUCCGUUCCUCCUUCCUACCCACCACCACAGGACCCGUUAAACCAGGGCCAAUACCUGGUCCCCGAUGGCAUCGCUCAGUCGCAGGUCUUUGAGUUCACCGAACCCAAGCGCAGCCAGUCACCAUUCUGGCAAAACUUCAGCAGGUUAACCCCCUUCAAAAAAUAA